AUGGGGCGAGGGGCGGCAGCUGGGGCCCUGCUGGUGGCACUGGUGGUGCUGGGAGCCCCCCCGGGUGCGGGCGCGGAGCUCUCGCGGGUGUUCUUGAACAUGCAAAAGGCCGAGUGUCGCUUUAUUAACAGCACCGAGAAGAUGAGAUACAUCCAGAGGUACAUUUACAACAGGCAGCAGAACAUGAUGUUCGACAGCGAUGUGGGGCACUUUGUGGGAUUCACCCGCUAUGGGGAGGGGUUUGCCAGGUAUGUGAACAGUGUCCCGGCCACACUGGAGUACGUACGGACUGCGGUGGACACGAUCUGCCGGGUCAGCUACGAGGUGUGCACCCCGUUCCUCACAGAGCACUCGCAGCGCCGAGUGUCCCGCGCUGUAAUCGGCCUCCCAGUGCUGCGCACUUCAUUCCCAGUUCCAUGCCAGUCCCUCCCAGUCCAUUCCCAGAUCCCUCCCAGUCCCUUCCACUUAUACUCAGGUCAUUUCCAGUCCAUUCCCAGUUCAUUCCCAGACAACCAUCCUCAAACUCAGGGAUCCUCAUCCCCUCCCAUUUCUCUGAGUGCAAACUUAGUCCCUCCCAGUCCAUUCCCAGUCCCUCUCCAGCCCUCCCCUCUCUCUUCCAGUGUCCCCCAGCUGACACCAGUAUGUCCCUGCUCUCUCUCUCCCCCAGUGUCCCCCAGCGUGUCCAUCUCGCUGGUGCCCCCCUCGAGCUCCUUGCCCGGCUCCGGCUGCCUGCUCUGCUCCAUGAUGGAUUUCUACCCUGCUGCCACCCUCCAGGUGAGGUGGUUCCAGGGCCAGCAGGAGCUCUUGGAGCACGUGGUGGCCACCGACGUGGUCCCCAACGGGGACUGGACCUACCAGCUGCUGGUGCUGUUGGAAACCCCUCCCCGGCGUGGGCUCAGCUACAGCUGCCAGGUGGAGCACGUCAGCCUGGAGCAGCCCCUGAGGCGGCACUGGGAGAUGCUGCCGGAUGCCGCCAGCAGCAAGAUGCUGACGGAUGGGGGCUUCGUCUUCCUGGCGCUGGGGCUCGGCUUCUACAUGCGCAAGAAGGUCAGGCCGGGUGCCGGGGGUGGCGUCCGUCCCCGUGACGGAGCGCAGACGGGCUGCACCCACAGCCAGCUGGCGAGCACCCCCUCUUCACGGAAGGAGAGGCCAGCCUCUGCGGCUGCUGCUGCAAGGGCAGCUGGCCUGGGACAGUCUCAGCUUGAAGAAUCCGCCGGUUCCAGAGCAGCCUCUGACACAGACACGAAGGACAAAGUCCCCGACGGCAGCGGAACUGCUGGGGCGGCCGGUGGAGGCGGCAGGGAGGCCGAGGGGGCUGGUGGAGGGGCGAGGCCGGAGAGAAUGCCUCCCCCACUGAGCCGGAAGCAGCAGCCGCGUUGUUGUCGCCUAGCAACAGCGGCUCCGCUGCGGGAAACGGCGUUUCUGAGCUUGCAGGCAGGGAAGCUGCGGGACGGCUAUGGGAGAGGCCAAGGCAACAACUGGUGCCGACCCCCGGGAGGGAGCUCGGGUAAUGGGAUUCGCCUGGACAGAGGACAGCGGCUGCAGCGGCGGGACCGUCUGCAGCGGGGGUACGCCCCCGGACCCGCGUGGACCAUGGAGGCCAUAGCGAAGGUCCCCGAGCCCAAACCCUCUGGAGCCCGCAGGAAACCCCCUGACCCUCCUGCAGAGUCCGCUGGGUCCUGGCCCCCCUGCGGCACCUUCUGA